AUGCCAGAGGUCCUGGCCGGCCGCCUGCUUUGUCUGGUCACGGGGGCUGGCGGUGAGUCACCGCCUCGAAGAGCGGCAAAGGUCCGCUUCCACGCGUCUAGGGUUGUCAGACCACCGUCACAGAAGGCGGAAUAUUCACGCCCCUCGUCAUUGCCCUCGACAUUUUGCAGAAAUCGGACGCCAGUCUCUCAGCACGGGAGAGGGCACACCAGCUUUCAUUGGAUGAUUUUGCAUUCAGCCCGGGACUCCAACAUGGCGAUCUUUAGCAAGCCUGUUACAGUUUCCUACACUUGUUAUGAGUUAGGGCACUGUUGGACUCCUUAUUGCACGACUGCAUCCCUUGAUGUUAUGAAAGUUGUUUUCAAAGAGGCACUGAAGAUAUAUGGCACAUUGUAUUUGGUCGCUGGUCUUCUACGUAGAAGAGGUCCUCGCUAUUAUGUGAAAAAGUUCAUCCCAGAGACACUGCGAUCUUCAGCAUUUCUCACCAUCAAUGGCACUCUCUUUAUCUCCAUGUUCUGCGUAUGGAGACGUCUGGUGGGCUUUUACUUUUUACAAAAUAUUUUCGUGUGUGGGAGCCCCCUGUGCAUGUUAGCCAUUCUGGUUGAGGACAAGAAAAGGCCAUCGAGACUGGUUACAGAAUGCUCAUGGAGCGAGGGAUUGUUGCAGCCGUGCCCUAUGGCGAGGUGUACCUGUUCAGCGCGGUGUCGGCUGUCUACUUGUACUUGUUCCGGGUGGAGCCAGGAUGUUCACGCUGGGCUAUGUGGUGCAGGCCGGGCUGAGCACGGUGUCUGCUCUGACAGCACUGGUGAAAAAACCGGCCAUGAUCAAGUCGGUCCUGUUCAGCAAACUGAACCUGAAGCUAGCCGCCUUCCUGGGAGGGUACUCUUCCAUCUUCGCUGCUGUAAACUGUGUGCUGAGAUGGGUGCGGAACAAGGAUUCGGAGAUCCACGGAGCUAUUGCAGGCGCUCUCGCUGGUCUGUCCCUUCGCUUCUACCGCAGCGUCACCAUCGCCCUCUACGCGGCCACCAAACUUGUGGAGAUUUUAUAUUUCAAAGGUAUAGACAGCUAUGGCUUCCCUCACAUCAAGUGCGCCGACGUCUUCAUCUAUGCAUUUUCUACAGCUUUUAUAUUCCACGCUUUUUUUGGAAUCGGGUUUGUGUGUGGCGUGUGUGUUCAGUGCAGUCAUUUAUUUGGUCAUUGAUCAGAUAGGGAGGACCAUCAGAAUUUUGAAUGGUCUCUGUGUGUGUGUGUGUGUGUGCGUGUGUGUGUGUGUGUGUGAGUGUGUGUGUGUGUGUGUGUGUGUGUGAGUGUGUGUGUGUGUAUGUGUGUGAGUGUGUGUUUUGAUAACUCUUAGUAGAGAUUUCUAUGCCUUGCCAUAUCGAUUGUCUGGGGAAAAUAGAGGGUUGUUGUGUAUGUGUGUGUGUGUGUUUUGUGUAUGUUUGUAUGUGUUUGUGUUUGUGGGUGUAUGUGUGGGGGCAUUUGUGUGUGAUUGUGCAAGUGUGUGAUGUGUGUAUGUUUGUCUUCAGAACCAAAAUGUUAUGAGUUGCCAAUGGACCCUUUGUCUGGUUAUGGUUUGGUUUUUUUAUUUCUGGCAGAGAACACACAAUAUUUAUUUCAGAGUGGAGUCACUUAUGAUUCAUAUAAACUGAGAGCGGGGGGGGGGGGGUGUUUGAGUAUGAAAAGUGCUGUGGGAAGUCAGUUUAAUGUUGUUGUGUUCUGCUCGCUCUUUAUUAAUAUCAUUCCAGAUUAGUUGGCAGUUCAUUAUAACUAACGGCAAAUGGUACUUGAAAAAGUAAUGAGAUGUACAGUUAGAGCUGUAGCCUUUUACUGUCACAGGGUUAUGACAAUUGUGAGUGUUAUCUAUUGAUUUAGGUAGAUAUGUCGCUGACAUAAUUGGGGUCUCUAGGCUACAUCUGUGUUCAACCUCAGAAAGAUUUUGUGCUGACCUCAGUAAGUAGAAAUAAUCAUGUUUUUUUUAUCAAACUUCCCUUUUUAUUCAUUGUUCAAUUCCUGGGCAGCUUUUUUUUGUCCUUGUGAUAUUUGUGUCACGACGCGGUGGAACCGGGCGCUGGUCAAUUUUUUUGGCAUAUGUAAGCCUAGUUAUUGGUAUCAUCUUAAAGCCUGUUCAUUUGCCUUGCUUUCCAUGAAGACAAUACCCGUUUAUCUUGGAUACGAGUCGAGAUAUUUGCGAUUGAAUGAGGUGGGGUCGUCUGGUUUCAGAGGUGAAAUUAGUGAGAAAAUGGCCACCAAAGUUAUUUCCUUAACUUGAGAGACGUUGGAAACUUGAAAAUUUAUGUCUUUUAUGCAUUUAAUCAACGUUUUUCAGUAAAAUCCUUAAAAUGUAUUUUUAAUGGGCAUAAAAGGUGUUGAGCCGAAAAACAAAAAUCUGUAAAACUUCCUAAACCUACAUAAAAGUGCUAGUUUCUUCACUUUCAUUAUUUUGACGAGCGCUUGAUUUCACGCUGCCUCACAUUUAUCCUUCGUUCUGGGAUACACCAUGCUGGUGUCAAGGUAGACCCUAAAAAAAACUCUGUUGUUCUUUUGAAUUUGAUUAUUUGAGUCGUAAAACAUUUUUUUUUCCUUCUACUUCUAUCAUAGAAAAUAUGGAGAAAUUUUAUGUUAUGUUUGUUUGUUUUUUGUCUUGAACAGUUUGGAAACCUUUUAUGUGAGAAAAUAUGAAUUAUUUGAGUGUUUUGAUGCUUUUUGAAAGUCUAGUUCUUAUAUUAAGGUUUAUACAGACGAGAAUAUUAACGAGACACAUUUAUUAUCAGGCCGCCCACAUUUUUCUACAGAAAAAAGAGGAGACUGAUUUUAUGUCUUCAUAUGCCAAUAUGCUUCAUUAGUUUAUCAUGGUGCAUACAUACUUCUUCAACAUACAAUAUCAUGAUUGAAUACAAAUUGCUCAUAGUUCAAAUGCACCAACUCCUAUCCUAUUUUUUUGUUUGUUUUUUUCUCAAUAUUUUUCUGAAUUAUGAGACCACAGAAAUGAGUGUGAAAGGUUGUCUGCGUGUUAUUUUAGUAUCAAUGCAUAGUAAGUUAUCUCUAAGUCUUUCAAGUUUUCCUUUUCAUCAUUAAAUGCCAAUAUCUUCAGCACUUCAACUUCAUGCCUCAACCGUUGGUGAACCAUAGAAUUGCAUUGUACUCAUCCACAAUAUUUUUUUUUGCCUGGCUUUUGUAAGGCGAACCUCAGCUCUAUAUAAAUGGACUUAAGAACACUGGAAAGUGCUGUGAGAUGUCAGUUUUAUAGAUCAUGUAUAGAGUGUAAGUUCAGCUCUUUCAUUGUUGCUAUGGCCUCAUGUGUGGGGAGCUUGGAUCACAUGUGUUUUGCAAUAGUGCUGUUAUAACUGACUUUUCUUUUUCUUUCUUUUUACCCCCCAAAAAAAAUUAAAAUUAAAAAUUCUAAUGCAAGUCUGCAUUUAGACAUCACAUGUAAAUUUUCAUUUAAUUUUUUUCUACCAAUACUCAUGAAAAAAUGGUUGUUUCUCACUCUCUCUAGACAUGCUUUUUUAAAAUCUAUAGUUUCCUUGGCGUGUGAUGAAUGAUUGCACAGGGAGUCCCUUGAGUUUGGAUGCCUGGCCAAAAAAAAAUACACCAAAAAUUGUCAGCAAUAUUUUAGUAUUCAGUUGGAAUAUUUGGAAAUAACAUCUUUGAUAUGACUUUCACUCUUUUUUGAUGCAACAGCCAAUGAGUUUUGCACAAUUCAUGUGAACCAGAUGCAAUAACUCCACACUGCCUUUGAUUUGAAAGGAUGAGAUUUCCCUUGUGUCCAGACGUUAGGGACACCCUGUAGGUUUGUUUCCCUGCAGACUUAAGUCAGUUUGUGUACCUUUUACAUCAGAGGCAAAAAACUAAUUUUUAUUGUCUUGUUCCUAUCAAGAAUCAUAAAAAUUAAAAGCAAGAAAAUUGUAAAGCUUCACCAUAGCAUUAUUAAAAAUGCAUCUUUGUGAUGUUGAAAGGGGCGUCUUUGAUGGAUCUUUGAGAUGGUGUAAAAAUUUUUAAUUCUCCAAAUUUGGGUUUCAGUGGAUUGCAUGGGACAGCGAGGAAGGAUAUUGUGUAUUAACGUCUACUUCUCAAGCUGAAUGGGCACACUUUAUCGUAGUCCUAAAGCCAGAACCCAGUCAGGUGUGUUCAUGAUGUCGGAGCUGUGAUGACUGGAACUGAAUAAUGACAUGUUGUACUUAUUCUAUCCCGUUAUUCUAAACUAGAACACUGAUGACUAUUUCAAUGCCAUAAGACCAGGCCUUUCCCUUGCAGGGAAAUAGGAGGGUUUACUGUAAGAUUAUUUUUAUUGAACUGAGGUUUUAUGGACACAGUUGUUUAUGACGAGAUAAAAAAGUAGUGGCCAACUUGAAAUCCCUCUAAUUUUUUUCAGUUGAUUCAGUUCACACGAGAUGGGCUAACGGUCCAACAUAUUUUUUAUGCUUCAGUUGUUUAUAGUUUUUAUUCUGCAUAAAAUCCUCUAUUUUUUGAGGGACUGGUUUGUAUGUCAUGUAAUGUUUAUAAUAAUGAUUUAUUAUUGUAUGCCAUAUUUGUUUGACAUAAUCAGGGUCACCACACAACACGGACCACCAUCGUUCUAUAUUCUAUGAUGAGCAUCAAUGUGUCUAACACUCACUUGCAGUGACAACCAUCUUCUUCAUAAAACUGUGAUAUUAUACAUUGACCUGUGUCCGUGUGUUCUCCGUGUCUACUGUUUGCUUGGUGUAGAAUGUGGUGUGGAGAAGGCUACAUUUUGAUGAAUCGGCUGUUCUACCGGUAGGCUUUUUUAAAUAUCUGCUUGUGGUAAAUGGAGACAGCUUUUCCGUUACUUGUGAGUGGUUGGAGGGUGUUACUGGGUUGGUUGGUUCUUGUUUUCUUUCCAUUUGUAGUCUGUCUAGCAUUUUACUAUUCUUAAUAAUCAUCAUUGUGCCAAUGUGCUUAUUAUUUACGAACUUACAAUGAAUUUCUUCAUUAAGUUCAGCUCUUUCUUCUCUUGCAUAAAGUAUGGACCCAUGUAAACAAAUGUCAAAAUCA